UUUUUGCACUCCCCACCAUCAUAUUCGGAAUGGUUUACAUAACUACAUAAGAAUCAAACUCACCUAAACCACCUUAACAAUCCUUAACCUUUGAGUGAUCAUCAUUACUGUUCAAAUUGAAGGCUUGUGUACUAACAAUCUCAUUUUCUCUUCUUUCCAUCAUUCUAGUUCAUGGCCUCUCGAACGGGAACUGCACCAGCACUAGAGAAUCAAAUCCCUGAAAGAUCAUAUACAACUCCUGCAACUUGUCUGAUCCACAACUGUUGCAGUGAACCAACUUUCAAGAUCCAAACUUCAAACAUUCGCAUAAAGUCUGUGCCCUUCCCUUCCCCCCAAAGGCGUUUUCAGUCAACAAGACAACGAGCCCUUGCCUUGGACACAGGUGGGAUUCCUGAUAACGGUGGGCAAGAGGGCAUCAAUGGCAACAACUCUAAUCUCAAUGCCACCCGAUUGGGUCGGAUAGUGACUGCAGGUGGAAGACAGCUAUUGGAGAAGCUGAAUUUAGCUAGGAGAAAGUUCCUGAAAGUAUUUCUUCUUCUUUUGGGUUUCUACACGGCAAAUGCAUUGGCUACAAUCCUUGGGCAGACUGGGGAUUGGGAUGUUCUGGUUGCGGGUGGUGGUAUGCUUAUGUAUAGAAAGCCCCCCUCUCAAUCAAGUGGGAGGCUCAAGUCUUUUGUCAUGAUGGUAAAUUACUGGAAAGCCGGUGUGUGCUUAGGUCUCUUUGUGGAUGCUUUUAAAUUGGGUAUGGUUCUACCGACCUCAAGUCUGGAAGAUGGAGAUUUAGUACUAAACUCGUGUUUUUAAGUUUUAACACCCUUGAUCCGUCGGUAGGUUGUCCGGUCCAGAUCCACGUUUAUCCUAAGAUGACCAAUCUCAACUAAAUUUUUGCAAAUAAAUGUAUGCCCUGUCUUACUAAAUGUACAAAGGCACUGUCUUACUAAAUAAACAAAUUUCUCUCAUCUUUUUACAUGUUGAAUUUCUUGAAUUAUGCCUCCGGAGGAUGGGAUCAUAAGAAGUUUUCCCCCUAAUGACCGCCAGUUUCGGUAUCGCCAGUUUCAGGGGUGGUGGCGAUGACAAUGGUAGUGGCGGGAAU